GUGUGUGUGUGUGUGUGGGGUGUUGUGUGUGCGAAUGUGCCUCCGCGCGCCCGCUCUCCCGUCACACACACACACACACACACACUCUCCCAGCGCUGGGAUGUACGAUUCCCCAUUCGCUAAUCCUCAACAACUGUGGCGCCAGCUCGAACGCGCCUUUCUCCUUCGGUCCGCUCCGACAUUGCGCGCUCGCCCAAGAGGGGAAAGUCGCCCCGACGGGUUCUAGGCUUGGGUCGCGCUGCAGGCGACUGCGCCGGGUUCAAGGCUGCGGCGCUCGCCCUCCGCGGGGCUUUGCUAAAUCCGGGACUUGCUAAGGCCGGCGGGGGUGUGCGGUGCCUCCCGGCGCCCCUUCCUCGCUGCUCUCGAACCGGCAGAUCUUCCCGGCGUUUCACUCGAGGCGGGUUUCUCUCGGCGAGGCGAUGCGAAGCUGCCGCUGCUCGCCCGCUUUGCCGCUGCUGCUGCUCGCCCUUCUCCUCGGCGCGCUCGCCUGGCUCCCGCCGGUCGCCAGCGAUUCCUAUGAGCCAGACGACGACGACGACCCGAUCCUCCCCUUCUCCUUCGAGGAGGAGAACCAGACGGAUCUGGCGAGAUACCGAAGCGGACCUGCCGCUUUCUAUCGGAGCAAUAAGGAUGCCUGGCGCUUGCCUGGACAUUACAUUGUUGUGCUCAAAGAGGAAACCCUGAAAUCACAGACAUCACGUACUGCCAAACGCCUGCAGGCCAGAGCAGCCAAACAUGGCUACCUGACAAAAAUCCUACAUAUUUUUGAGGACCUGUUCCAGGGCUUUUUGGUGAAGAUGAGCAGUGAUGUUCUGCAUAUGGCUUUGAAGCUGCCGCAUGUGGAUUACAUAGAGGAAGACUCCUAUUUGUUUGCUCAGAGCAUUCCCUGGAACCUCGGCCGAAUUGUCCCUGCAGAGGCCAAAUCUAAUGAAUACACUCCUCCCAAUACUGGUAACUUGGUGGAAGUUUACUUGCUUGAUACCGGCAUCCAGAGCAACCACCGGGAAAUAGAGGGCAGAGUGUUUGUGACCGAUUUUGAGAAUGUCCCAGAAGAGGAUGGCACUCGCUUCCACAGACAGGCCAGCAAGUGUGACAGCCAUGGGACGCACAUGGCUGGAGUUGUGAGUGGGAGGGAUGCCGGUGUAGCGAAAGGAGCCAGCGUUCACAGCCUCCGCGUGCUUAACUGCCAGGGGAAGGGCACUGUGAGUGGCACUCUGAUUGGACUGGAGUUCAUCAAAAAGACCUUGGCUGCCCAGCCCUACAAUCCUCUGGUUGUUUUGCUCCCAUUGGCUGGAGGCUAUAGCCGUAUCCUGAACACAGCCUGUCGCCUGAUGGUGCAGAUGGGAGUGGUGAUAAUCGCCGCGGCAGGCAACUAUAAGGAUGACGCUUGCCUUUAUUCUCCAGCAUCAGAACCAGAGGUUAUCACAGUGGGAGCCACCAACGUCCAGGACCAACCGGCCUCCAUGGGGAUCUUAGGAACCAACUUUGGCCGUUGCGUGGAUGUGUUUGCUCCUGGAGAGGAUAUCAUUGGUGCCUCUAGUGACUGCAGCACCUGCUUCACAUCACAGAGUGGGACAUCUCAAGCAGCUGCACACGUAGCAGGUAUUGCAGCCAUGGUUCUAAACACCAACCCCACACUGUCCAUCUCGGAGCUGAGGCAGAGGCUUAUACACUUCUCAAUCAAAAACCUUAUGAAUGAGGCUUGGUUUCCUGAAGGACAGAGGCUGUUAACCCCAAACAGAGUGGCUGGGCUUCCCUCGAAACUUGUCGCAGAUGAACAACUGUACUGUCGCUCUGUCUGGUCUUCCUUGUCUGGAUCAACUAGUUCUGCCGUAGCCAUUGCCCACUGCAACAGCAAUGAAGAAAUGUUCAGCUGCUCGAGCUUGUCAAAGAACGGCAAAUGGCGAGGCGAGCGUAUUGAGGAUCACGGAGGCAGGAAAGAGUGCUUGGCUCAUAACAGAUUUGGGGGGCAUGGUGUCUAUGCCAUUGCUCGGUGUUGCAUUUGGCCCAAAGCUGACUGCCAGGUUCAUGCCCACUCUCAGCCUGCAGAGGGAGCAGCACGACAAAGUGCCCACUGCAGUGAAGACAGCUCUGUUUUGACAGGUUGCAGCUCUCAUUCUGUGGCUGGAGGUUUCAAGAUCCACGUCAGACCAAUACUCAGGACAGAACGCAACCAUGACCAUUGCAUUGGCCAAGCAGAUGCAGCUGUGCAUGCUUUCUGUUGCCAUGCACCCAGCAUUGAAUGCAAGGUCCAGGAAUACUCUCCUCUGGAGUCCACAGCAAAGGUAAUGGUGACCUGUGAUGAUGGCUGGACACUGACAGGCUGCAAUGCCCAAUCGCAUGGUCCAAACAUGCUUGGGUCCUAUUCAGUGGACAAUACUUGUGUAGUGAUGAGUAGCCCAGGCAGCAAAGGAGCCGGAGCUGUUGCCAUUUGCUGCAAGAAGACACCCUUGGAGAAGGAGAAGCACAGUUCCAAUUAUAAGUGACAGCUCAACCCACACCAGUUAUCCAUUGGACUCCAAAGUUCCACAGCCAUCUCAUAACUUCACAUGGGUGACGUUAUGUCCAUUUCUCUUGUUCGGCCUGAAGAAAGUACUCUUUCAGGCAGGCUCCAGCACAGCCACAAAGUAUCCUCAGUGUGCCUGUUCUAAGUGUCAUAAUUAUAUUAAAACAGAGUUUGAAAUAUAGUACUACCAUAUUCACUGUGAGGAGGCGGGUUUGAGGGCUCAGUAUUGGCAUCUGGGCAAUCAGCUUAAUAUGCUGCAUUUCUUCUAGCAGUCUUCCAUUUGCAGGCAACAGUUUCGAGUUAACCUAUAUUCCUCCCAAGUCUGUUCAUAGUCCAGAAACAGAAGGUAUUAAACUUAUGGUAUCACAUAUCCCUUAACUAAUUUUCAUGUGACCUACAUCCUUUUACUGAAGACAGUAUAAACUGGGUGUGGUCUAUAUUGAGAAUCAUGCAAAUAUGCACUGUCUAGCUUCUGAACUGUAAUAGUAACUUCUCUCCAUGUAGAUCAGAAGCUUUCUGUAGUCUGUAAAAGGCUGCAUGCAUAUAUAAAUGUAUGUAUAAACUACAUAGAUACAAAUAUCUAGAAAGUCCUAUUAACAGUGUGUUCAACGUUUUCAAAACCCAUGAAUCUUUCCAUAAGUUACAAUUAUGGUAAAUAGCCAUUUUGUAUGCAUUAAUAUUUUCCACAUCUUCCCCUCGUAGCCCAUAAAGCAAAGUUGUUUUACAGUGGCAAGAAUCCUGUUGGAAAGGCUCCAUAUGGUUCCCUUUUGACCUGUGAAAGGAUUUAAGGGCCUCAGGGUGGAGGGGGCAUUUCAUAUACAAAAAUAGCCACUAUAGGUCAAAAGGGAGUCCUAGGGAGCCUUGGAACCCGGGGGUGGGGGAAAGGAAAACUUAAAGAUAGAAGACUAGCUGAUGACACAAUCAGCCUUAUAUUAUCAUAGCUGUGCCACCAGGAAUCCAGCCAAUAUUGACUUUAAGAUAUACAAAGUAAUAGGACUAGGAUUAGGUCAGAAAUAGAGUAUAAGACCACUGCUGGAAUUCUAAGCUAGAAUCUAUAGAUGUCACGGGGGGGAAAACCCUGUUUGAACGUGUGAUCAAAUCUCGAUUGCUUGGAGAUGCCUUGCUUUGAGAGAAGGCAUAAAGAUUUGAGAGCAUGCCAUGACUUGGUUAAAAACUAGGAAUGGCUUAUGAUCCUGUGGCUGACAGUACUUGGCUCAUACAAAUGCAUACCUACGUACAUUCCUGAUUCCAAAGUGCCUUAUACAGUGGUGCCUCGCAAGACGAGCGCUCCGUUUUACGACGAAAUCGCAUUACGACAAAGUUUU